AUGAAUCACCUCGAGUCUCGUGCUUAUGAAUUCUGGAACUAUGCUCCAUCAAUACCAGCGGCAGUCAUAUUCAUGCUCAUGUUCAUCGUCCUCACCGGGCUGCAUUCAUGGAAGUUGUUCACGACAAGAACAUGGUUUUGCAUAGCAUUCACCCUGGGGGGCCUAUUCGAAAUAAUCGGCUACAUCGGCCGCUGCCUGGCGCAUAACAGCACCACAACCAUGGGACCGUACAUCAUCGCCAACAUAUUCAUCCUGCUCGGCCCCACGCUCUUCGCCGCUUCGAUCUACAUGACGCUGGGCCGGCUGAUCCGGCGGGUCCGAGGAGAGCACCUCUCACCUAUACGAGUGACACGCCUAACAAAGACGUUUGUCUGGGGUGAUGUGCUGUCCUUUGUCGUGCAGGGCAAUUCCUCGUCGCUCUCUGUGCUCGGAUACGCUCAGUGGGGAAAGGUGCUCGUGGUUGUCGGCUUGGCCAUCCAGCUCGUUUCGUUUUCGCUUUUCUGGGUGACGGCCAUUGUGUUUGCGAGACGGCUCCGGCGCUCGCCCACCCCGGAGUCUACGAAGCCUGGAAUUCCCUGGGUGCGGUCGUUGCACAUGUUGUACGCUGUCAGUGCGCUGAUUCUGGUACGUUCGACAUUCCGUAUCGUCGAGUAUGUCAUGGGAAAUGAUGGGUAUCCGCUUGUUCAUGAGUGGACUAUGUAUGUCUUUGACAGUGUGCCGAUGGUGGUUGUCAUGGUUAUUUUCUUGAUCUGGUAUCCUAAUCAAAUGAGUCUUGAUGCUAAUCCUGAGGCAAGCAUACCGCUUACUCAGAGUUACUUGCCGGUAUGA